GUGGUGAAUAACCAAACCCGUAGACUAGUGGAGAGGGAAUUGAAAAAAGUUCCUUGGCGAGAGAGCAUGGAAUCCAACCUGCUUACAACAAACCUUCCUUCCUUUCCUAAAUAUACGGAAAUAACAUUAAAAUAAUAAUAAUAAAAAAACGCAACCCACAACACAAAACCAAAAACGAGUCUUUGUUUCUCAUUUCUCGAUGAGACUAUGAACAUGGCAACGACGCCGUUUCAACAAGGACCGCCCCAAACGGUGAGAAGAUUGGCGGUGGAAGUUGUUGACGCACGCAACCUUCUUCCCAAAGAUGGUCAAGGAAGUUCCAGUCCUUACGUGGUGGCGGACUUCGACGGUCAGAGAAAACGAACCACCACCCGGUUUAAGGAGCUCAACCCGGUUUGGAACGAGUUGCUUGAGUUCAUCGUUUCUGACCCGGAUAAUAUGGAGUUUGAAGAGCUUGAAGUUGAGGUUUAUAAUGAUAAGAAAUUUGGGAAUGGUAGUGGUCGCAAGAAUCAUUUUCUGGGUAGGGUUAAGCUUUAUGGAACACAGUUUUCUGGUAGAGGUGAAGAGGCUCUGGUUUAUUAUACUUUAGAGAAGAAGAGUGUUUUCAGUUGGAUUAGAGGUGAAAUCGGUUUGAAGAUUUAUUACUACGAUGAGUUGUUACAGCAAGAUGAACAGCAACAACAACAACAGGAUCAGCCAUCGCAACCGCCGCCGGAGGAAGAACGACACGGUGGUGGCGCAGAGCAAGAGAGGAACAAUCACAGUCACAGGCAUCCGAUGAUGGUUGAAGAGGGAAGAGUUUUUCAGGUUGAACAGAUGGAGCAUUGUGUGCCACUUCCUGACGGUCCUCCUUCACCGCGUGUGGUGGUUAUGGAAGAAUCACCUUCUCCGGUGGUUCGUGUUCAACAAGAUCCACCGUUGCCGGAGAUGUACGCUCAACCGGAACCAGAAAUGCAGUAUCAUCAUCAUCAUCCUGAAGUGAGGAAGAUGCAAACAAUGAGGAAUGAUAGAGUGAAGAUUAUGAAGAGACCUAAUGGUAACGGUAAUGGUGAUUAUGCGCCGAAAGAUAUCUCCGGGAAGAAACCUAACGGUGAAUCUGAGAGGAUUCAUCCCUAUGAUCUAGUUGAGCCAAUGCAGUAUCUGUUUGUUAGAAUCGUGAAAGUUCGCGGGCUUAAUCCUCCAACUGAAAGCCCGUUCGUGAAGGUUCGAACCUCUAGUCACUACGUCAGAUCAAAGCCCGCGAGUUUUAGGCCCAACGAGCCCAAUGACUCACCGGAGUGGAACCAGGUUUUUGCCCUUGGUUACAGCAAAACCGAUGCAACCGGUGCUACGUUGGAGAUUUCAGUUUGGGAUUCACCUACAGAGCAAUUUCUCGGUGGUGUUUGCUUUGAUCUUUCUGAUGUACCUAUUCGUGAUUCUCCAGAUAGUCCUCUUGCUCCACAAUGGUACCGUCUCGAAGGUGGCGCAGCAGAACAAAACGCCGUUAGAGUCUCCGGCGACAUACAGCUUUCCGUUUGGAUCGGAACUCAAUCCGACGAUGCUUUUCCAGAAGCAUGGAGUUCAGAUGCACCGUACGUUGCACACACUCGCUCAAAGGUUUAUCAAUCACCGAAGCUUUGGUAUCUGAGAGUAACAGUAAUGGAAGCACAAGACCUGAAUCUAACACCGAAUCUACCACCGUUAACGGCGCCGGAGAUAAGAGUGAAGGUUCAGUUAGGGUUUCAAUCACAGAGAACAAGAAGAGGCUCAAUGAACCACCACAGCAUGUCGUUUCACUGGCACGAAGAUCUUCUCUUUGUCGCCGGUGAGCCACUAGAAGAUUCCAUGGUCCUUCUCGUAGAAGAUCGCACCACCAAGGAAGCGGCGUUACUCGGCCACGUGGUGAUUCCUCUGACGUCAAUCGAACAGCGUAUAGACGACCGCCACGUGCCAGCCAAAUGGUUCCCGUUAGAAGGUGGGUCCUACUGUGGGAGAGUCCACCUACGCCUCUGUUUAGAAGGUGGUUAUCACGUGCUUGAUGAAGCGGCGCACGUGUGUAGUGAUUUUCGUCCCACCGCGAAAUCUCUAUGGAAACCUCCGGUUGGAAUUCUUGAACUUGGAAUCUUAGGUGCUCGUGGUCUUCUUCCUAUGAAAUCCAAGGGUCCAGGAAAAGGGUCCACUGAUUCUUACUGUGUGGCCAAGUAUGGCAAAAAAUGGGUCCGAACCCGAACCGUGACGGAUAGCUUCGACCCACGGUGGAACGAACAGUACACAUGGCAGGUAUAUGAUCCUUGCACUGUCUUAACCGUAGGUGUAUUUGACAACUGGCGUAUGUUUGCUGAUGUGGCAGAAGAAAAACCAGAUUGCCGUAUAGGCAAAAUUCGUAUACGGGUAUCCACUCUAGAGAGCAAUAAAAUCUACACAAGUUCCUAUCCAUUACUAGUUCUGACUCGAAACGGUUUGAAGAAAAUGGGUGAAAUCGAGUUAGCGGUUAGGUUUGCAUGCCACGGGUUUUUUCCUGAUACAUGUGCGGUUUAUCAACAACCAUUGCUUCCAAAAAUGCACUACAUUCGUCCACUUGGCGUGGCCCAACAGGAGGCUCUCCGCGGGGCAGCCACUAAGAUGGUAGCUCAGUGGCUGGCUCGUUCAGAGCCUCCCAUGGGGCACGAGGUUGUUCGUUACAUGUUGGAUGCUGAUUCACAUGCUUGGAGUAUGAGGAAAAGUAAGGCCAAUUGGUUUAGAAUUGUGGCAGUUUUAGCUUGGGCUGUUGGAUUAGCUAAGUGGUUAGAUGAUAUAAGAAGAUGGAAAAAUCCAGUUACAACGGUUUUGCUUCAUAUACUUUACUUGGUACUUGUUUGGUAUCCUGAUUUAAUUGUUCCAACCGGGUUUUUAUAUGUAGUUUUGAUUGGGAUAUGGUAUUACCGUUUUAGACCCAAGAUACCAGCUGGUAUGGAUACAAGAUUAUCACAAGCUGAAGCUGUUGAUCCAGAUGAAUUAGAUGAAGAAUUUGACACAAUGCCUAGCUCCAAACCACCUGAUUUGGUUCGUGUUCGUUAUGACAGGUUAAGAAUGUUGGCUGCAAGGGUGCAAACUGUUUUGGGUGAUUUUGCUACACAGGGUGAGAGGGUUCAAGCAUUGGUUAGUUGGAGAGAUCCAAGAGCUACAAAAUUGUUCAUUGGAGUGUGUCUUGUUAUUGCUGUUAUACUCUAUUCAGUGCCUCCUAAAAUGGUUGCUGUGGCUUUAGGAUUCUACUAUCUUCGUCAUCCAAUGUUUAGGAACCCAAUGCCUCCGGCUAGUUUGAACUUUUUCAGAAGACUUCCUAGUUUGUCUGAUAGAUUGAUGUAGAUUAUUCAUGAUCAAAGAUUAGUUUUUAUUUUAUUGUUACAGCUUUUUUUUUUAAGUGAUGACAAUUUUUUUAGAAAUGAAAACUUAAUUUGUUUUACCAUAGGGUGAGGAAAGGACAAACACUAGUAGAGUAGUAGUGUAGCUCUUUUCAGUGUUUGAAAAAGCUGUCCUUAAUAAAAAAAAAAAAUUAUUGCAAGGCCAAGGAGUGAAAAGGGUUUGGGAAAGUGGCUAGAUGUCAUGAUUUAUUUUUCAAAUUGACUGACUGUGUGGCCACUGUAGGAAACUCGAAAUAAGAGAAAGGUGGGAGAAAUUUUGGGUACCCAACAGAACAUGUAUGUGAAUAACCUUUGAUAUCUUUCUGACAUUUCAAAAUUUAAAAAUACUUUGCAUCAAUUGCUA